UCCAGCAUGGGAAGUCGUCGGACGUCGUUCGCCUCCGACACGGACCGACGGGGGUCAGCCUCCAGCAUGGGCAGCCGGAGAACGUCCAUCUUCUCCGACCAGUCGGACAGGCGGGGCUCAGCGAGCAGCAGGAGCAGCCGGAAGGGCUCAGACGGCAGCCGGAUAGACGACACGGACGUAUCGCUGGCAGAUCUGUCAGACACGGAGAACUACGACAUCGAGGAGGGCAGGUACCCGGGCAUGAGGUACCCACCCCGCCGCAUCAGCUAUGACGUCACGCGACCCUACAAGGAACAGGUCCCGCCCUACAGGAGAUCCCACUCUCUGGCAGAGCUGCAGGCGGAGAGGGAGAGAGAGAAGCUGGCGGCUCAGGCCGAAGGUCGUCCGGUCACCAGCGCACGUGCAUCAGAGCGACGGUCCACGCUGUCCAGCCUCGUGUUCAGCAGCCUUGCCGCGCUUGACCAGACCGGAAAUGCCGUUAUACCACCCUACGUCAAGAAGAAACACAAGCGUCAAGCCAUCGGCCUCCCCGACACCCCCGUGGCGCUGACCGAGAUUAACCUGGAGGAACUGAUCCCUCGCUACGCCCCGCCAAUAAAGCCGACCGGCAAGCUGAAGCUCCAGUUGCUAUGGUCACAAGAUAAAACAAGUCUAACGGUCAUCAUUAUCGAGGCUCAAGGUCUGAUUAUCCCAGGCGUCCCAAAAGACGUAGAGGUCAACCCUUACGUCAAGGCUUUCCUGGUCCCUGGGCGGACCUUCAAGUACAGGACCAAGACUUUAAGGAAUACUAGGGACCCCCUGUUCCUGGAGAAGUUUGUCAUCAAAGACCUCCCCACGGGCGGCGGGGAGGAGAGUGAGGAUGGCGCCCUGGAGUUCCAGGUCUACUCCUCCCACCAUGUCAGCCGGCGCCAUCUUGUGGGCGUGGCCUCCAUCCGGCUGGUCGACGUGGACAAAUUGACUUCCGGUCAGGUGGAGCUGCUGGUCACACCUCAGACGGUUUACAGGAUGCACCAGGGUGACCUGAGGAUAUCCGGAUGUUACCAGCCCGUGGCGGGGAAAAUCGUCUUCAACAUUCUGGAAGCGAGGAACCUACCCCGUGUAUCCCUGCUGGGGUCCUUUGUCCUGGUCCUUAAGUCUUUUGUCCUGGUCUUUAAGUCCUUUGUCCUGGUCCUUAAGUCCUUUGUCCUGGUCCUUAAGUCCUUGGUCCUGGUCCUUAAGUCCUUUGUCCUGGUCCUUAAGUCCUUUGUCCUGGUCCUUAAGUCUUUUGUCCUGGUCCUUAAGUCCUUGUCCUGGUCCUUAAGUCCUUGUCCUGGUCCUUAA